GGAGGAGGAGGAGGAGGGGGAGGAGAAGAGGUACAGCUUCAGCUAUUAUGUAGUAAUCGGGAGGAGGCGCGAGGAACCGCGCACUAGACGCGUCAGGGAAGAGAAUGACGGGACAGCAGUGAGAUAUCUCCUUUUCUCCGGAAGUUUCUUUGUGGAUUAUAGUAGGCUGUAAUUGCACUUAUUAUUUCCACGGUAGGAGGAAAACCGGACGCACGGACACGUCUGAGGGCUGUGCUCGAGCUUUACCGAUUUUAAAACACUGCUUUUCUCCUGUAAGGAGUUACACCUUGAGUUGGAUUUGCAACUGUGGCAAACAGCGUGGUGGUGAUAAGUUCAGAACCCACACACGGGAAAGACUUAUUGCGCACGAAUUGACUGUCGUGAUUCAGAAAGCCUCCUGCCGGGCCACGCUGAAGAGCUUUGCUUGUGAGUAGUUUGCUUUUAAGAUGCUCUGCUUCUGCGCAAGACGAGGCUCAAACUUCAGCUGUAAUCGAGCACGGAAAAGCUGUGGAAUGGGUGAAGCGGCUCCGGCGCAGGCCACGGCUCCGGGUUUCCCACCCGUCUUGGGCUCGGUGGGUUCGGGCUCCAUGGCAUCGGUAAAUCCGGUGUCGGUCCACAGCGCGAUAGUGGAGCGGCUGCGCGCGCGGAUCGAGCUGUGCCGCCGCCAUCACUCGGCGUGUGAGAACCGCUACGCGCGCGGUCAGGCUGAGAUCUCGGACCGAGAGCGCGAGGCGACGCUCCAGCUGCUCAGUAUUGUACAGCAGGGCGCCGGGAACCGGAGAGGCAAAGAGAGGAGCGCGAGAGGAGGCGCCUCGCACGGGCCGGACGGAACCAGGGCUAACGGAGAGCAAAAGAACCGGGAGGCCGUGGAGGGAGAACCGAGACUGGCAACACGCAUCGCGCUCCAGGGGUCCCUUAGAAGAAAGAUUGAGGGACAGCCUUCUGGAUAUACUGCUAAGCAGAAUGGCCACUUCUCUGUGGGUCCAGUGCCAGACUUCAAGCGUCUUCGUAUGGAGACAGGUUCUCUUCAUGCUGGUGCUUGCUCUGUAAGGCAGCCUCAAAGUUUAGCUGGGUCUAUAGCCCUGGGCCAAGUUCCACGACGGAAAGAUCCCUUCAUGAUGGGCCAAAGUGUAGGCAAUGAUAUUUUUAACAUGACUCUCAGAGAUAUGAAGAAAGAACCGGCUGAUGUUCAGACCUGCAGUCAGUCAUCAGCAGAUAAUGCAAUGAUGGUGUUUGACUUUAAAGAUGAGGGUGGGGGACAGAUUGACCCUGAACUUCAGGACCUGUUUGAUGAGCUAACCAGGUCGGUACCGUCUCUUAAUGACUUGGAGCUGGAGAAAAUGCUGAAACAAGAUGACGAUUUUGGUUUGGAUCUUGGUCGACCCAGCUCGGCAGGUGCUGCCAAUCCCAGCCCACAUUUAGAUAAACCAAUCAAGACAGAGUACUCACCUGAUUUUGGACAAGCAUCAGAAAGCUCUCUAAAGCUCAGGCCAGCAUCUGCUGGACCUUCUUUCUCAAUGGCCAACACUACUUUGUCAACUUCUCCCAUUAGUUCUGGGCAAAUGACCAAUAAUCAUAUUUCACAGACCACAGGAACAUCUGCUAGAGGAUUACCUGCCUGGCCUGAGAUGUCACAUGCUGAACAGCUAAAGCAAAUGGCAGCAAACCAGCAGCCCAAACAGCAGCCCAACUCUAUUCUCCGCCACCAACAACAAAGCCAAUCUGGAGGAGUGAGGAACUGGUCCUCCACCAUUAGUGGCCACCCCAGUUCAUUCUGUCAGGAAACAGUGUCUAGCACUGGUUUGUUAAGCCAACCAAGAAUUAGCUCUCAGGGCAAUGGUCAGGGAAAAGGUAUGCCCAACUGCCUCUUUAAGCCUAGUGGUUACAACCCAUUAAAUCCCCCAGACCUGAAACCUCUAAACAAUAAACCAAUGCUGCAUUUCACCCCUAAAGCACCGACUUCAACCACAGGCCAACAAAUUCCCCAUAUAAUUGGAUCACAAAGCAAACAGACUACACAGCAGCAGUCCACAGGAGGUCAAAACACGCAGUUCCAGUUGUCUAUGCAAUCAUCAUGUCUACAACCGAAACCCCUGAGGCCUCCUCUCAAUCAGCAUGGUCAUGGAAUCAAUUAUAAAAUGACCCAACAAAGACAGGGAUUGGCACCAGGGCCACGUUUCUCAGCAAACGGUUGUCUGGUGACACAGCAGCAGCAUCCGUCUGCACCGAGCACUCAGCAGAUGAACAACGGCAAAGGACAGAGACAGCUAAGCCAACCUCAGCAGCACACCAAUGAUACAGAGAAAUUCAACCCACAGGAUCAGUUUAACAGGCAUCUAACAAGACCUCCGCCUGACUACAAACAACCACAGCUUCCAAAUCUUUACCCAGGUCUGGCAUCGUCCCCAAUGUCCAGUAACAGCUCUGACCAGAGGGAGAUCCAGUCUAUUUCAUGCCAUUUACCCAAUGGCCAAGGAGUCAAAAUGACACCCAACUCUGGAGACAGAAUGUUUCCCAGUAGAUCUGAUCAUUCGGAAGUCCAGAACUGUGCAGGUCAACUGCACCAACAGCCUAACAGCCAGAUGCAAAUUGGGAUGAAUCAAAACAAGCCACAGUUCCAAGGAAUUGCUCCUACCACACAACAUAUAAGAACCAGUGCAAGCCAAGAUUCAGUCCUUGGCCAAGGACUAGGGUGCAUGACCCCCACUGGAAGCAGGGACACUGGCAUGAGCUGGGAAAAUGUUAACAAGCAACUAGAUGUAAAAAGACUUCCAGGUGCAGUAUUACCUCAAAGUGCACAAACAGAUGCUCAUUUCCCACCAAGACAUAUUGGCCCACCAAAUCAGGUAGUGUCCCAUUCUGGAGUGAUCCCUUUAAACCCAGGCAUUAGAGGAUCUGCUCCUAGAGCCAGCCAGCCACGCAUACCCCCACUUCCUGGGAUUAGCAGACUAAACCAAUCCUCUCCCACACAACAGGGGUGCAUGAGCACAUACGGAGGCACAGCACAAAGCCCUGGUUCCUAUCAGAACAACCGCCCAGGCCGCCUCACAUUUGAUUUUCUGCAGGAUGGAGAUAAUACAGUACCAGGGAUCAAUGCAGACUCAGACUUUAUCGAUUCUUUGCUUAAGUCAGGUUCAGGCAACGAUGACUGGAUGAAAGACAUAAACCUAGAAGAGAUUCUGGGAGGUCAUACAUGAACAAGAGACUCAGGAACACAAAGAGAAUGAGAAAUGAGAAUAUUUUGUUAUUUUACUAAGUAGUUUAGUGAUUGAAAAAUGUAAAGAUAUUCAAACUUAUUUUUUAAAGCACCUAACAUAAGGGACUGGCUUGCAUUCUUAAACUCAAGAUUCUGAAGAGAUAUCAACUAUUAUGCUGUUGUUUUUUUAAUUCAUGUGGAUGUUUUGCAGGUAUCAUUAUACUUUAGAAUUAGCUUUUAAUCAAAUAAUCUAAUCUGUUAUAAAGAUCCAUGUUCACAGUAUUUAAGGUCUUCAUAGCAUCUUAUGUAACUAUACGCAUCCCUUUGUAAACUUAUGGAGUUUGGUAAGUACUGUAAAAGUCAGCUGUAGACAUAUUGUGACACAAUGCAGCAAGCUGGCACACGUACAGUAAGAUCCUAAAGAUCAGUGAAAGAGAUGCUCAUUUAAUCUAGUUUGUCUUUCAACCCGAAUAAGACAAAAGAAACGUAGCCUGUGUUGAUUUAAAAAACCUGUGGUGGCAAUUAAAAGCUAUAAUGGCAGAGAUGUUAUUUAUAAGUGUAUACCCUGAUGUAAGAUCUUCGUGUGAGUCUAAACAGUACAUCUUGAAGCUCCAUCUCUAAAACUGAAACCCUGGGACUUGAUUUGGGCAGAAAUGUAAGAUUGGAUUCUCUUUAUCCGGUUACAGAAAUAGUCCAAGCAGACAUUAAGUAUUAAAAAUGUCUCAAUAAGUCCUAUUUCUAAUAUUGUAUUUAUAAAUGUUUAUUAUACCUUGUGAUUUUUUUUUUGUAAGACUAGUCUUUUAUAUAUUGCUCUAUAAGGCUGUAAUAAACGUGCAUAUCCUGUGAUGUCAAUUUAGCCUUUGAAUACUGACAAUUCCAAUAAACUACAUUUAUGCAGAA